CGUGCCCCGGCGAGAGAGGCAGGUAGUGAUGCGGCUGAGGUUCGCGGCGGAACGAUCUGCGCGACGACAAAGGGAUGAGAUGUUAGCAGCAGGGAGAUCCCAUUACACAGGACGCAUGUUGUAAUAUGGUCGAAACAAAAGCGUAAGAAGCGAUAGGCCUGCCGUCCAAAAAAAUCGACACAUUUCCUAAAAUCCAAUCUAGUUAUUCGCAGUAACUUUUAGUGGAUUUAUAGGCAACUCGCGUGGGAAAUGGAGAAGAAAAGGUGGGAUUGCACUGCUCUCCCCAAGGGCUGGAAAAUGGAAGAAGUGACCAGAAAGUCGGGUUUGUCCGCUGGAAAAAGCGAUGUCUAUUAUUUUAGUCCGUCUGGGAAGAAGUUUCGGAGCAAGCCUCAGCUGGCCCGUUACCUUGGUAACCAGAUGGACCUCAGCUCCUUUGAUUUUCGCACGGGAAAGAUGCUGAUGAGCAAAUUGAACAAGAACCGCCAGAGACUGCGAUAUGAUAACAACAACCAGAACAAGGGCAAACCUGACUUGAACACAUCACUCCCAGUCAGACAGACGGCCUCUAUUUUUAAGCAGCCCGUUACCAAGGUGACCAAUCAUCCCAACAACAAAGUGAAGACGGAUCCUCAGAAAGCCGUUGACCAGCCCAGACAGCUUUUCUGGGAGAAGAAACUCAGUGGUCUUAAUGCUUAUGACAUUGCAGAGGAGCUGGUGAAAACAAUGGAACUCCCUAAAGGCCUACAAGGCGUUGGUCCAGGCUGCACAGACAAGACCCUCUUGUCGGCUAUUGCGAGCGCUCUCCACACCAGCGCCGCUCCAAUCACGGGCCAGCUGUCUGCAGCUGUGGAGAAGAACCCGGGCGUGUGGCUCAACACGGCACAGCCUCUGUGCAAGGCUUUUAUAGUCACCGAUGAGGACAUCAGGAAACAGGAGGAGCUGGUGUACAGUGUGAGGAAAAGGCUGGAGGAGGCACUGAUGGCUGAUAUGUUGGCCCAUGUGGAGGAGGCUGCCAGUGAAGGGGAGGCUCUUAAGGAGGAGGGCAACGGCAGUGAAGACAUGGAGAGCGUAUAGCACAGGUUUUUGUAAAGUCUGGAUAGGUUUGUUCGGCGUUGCGCACACACAUACACACCACCAUGAACAGUAGGAGCCCCACACCAGUCCAGCCCUGAAGAACUGUCCCCCCAGUAUCUGCGUCCAGCUUAAACCUAAACCUGACUUAACAAGUACAACCUAAGGAACUGAGUCUCUAACUCCACCGGAUGGGACUCAUUGACUUCAAUGCCCACAAAAUGACUUAACGUUGAUUUAUGAUUAGAAACAUUUUUUAAAAAUUCCCUUAAAAAUGACAUCAAAUGAACUUGCAAAUAUUAAAAAAUAACUUAUCUACAGUGUAUUAAAUUUAGUGUUCGACGAUGAGCGCAUUUUUUACUAAAAGGCUUUGAAUGGGUGUGUAUAUUUUGCGACAAUCAUGUCGAAUCCAAACAUUUUAUGUCGACAAGUCAAUUUGGGUGCUUUUUUGUUGUUGUUGUUUUGGGCAGAUUGGAAAUGAAUGUUUUGUAUAUUUGACAUGUCUCUCUCUCAAUUUUUAUGAAGCACUCCAUGAGUAGUUUGACAAGACAGACCCCUCUUUCCCUAGCAAAACCAGUUGAGGUUUCAUGACACUUAAAGUUGAGCUCAUUUGAAUCUGCUUCAUGGCCAACCUGCAUGUUGCUGAUGUUAUUAAUGCAGAUGGUGCAAUUUGAAGCGUAUGUACAUCCAUUGGAGGGGACUGAGUUAACUUUUUAUUGUUGUAAUUUCAAGGAAAUAUUAUCUUCCGUGCCAGCUGUGUUAUCCUGUGAGUCAUGUUCAGUAUUGACCAAAGAGGAGACAUGUCAUUUUGAAAGGCAUUAAGGUUGUCGACUUGUGUCUGUAUUUGAAAACUGAAAAAUAUACAUGAUGGGGGAGAGCACAGUGGAAAGAAAUGACUUGAAACCUCUUUAUAUUGUACAACUAUCACUGUUUUUAACUCCCAUCAUCAUCAUCAUCAUCAUAUAGGUGCUUACUGAUGUUGUGAAACAUUGCUAUUUAGUGCCAAGGCUUUGUUUCUGUCACAGCUUCAGUCUGGUUUGUUUGUUUGUUUUUUUUUUUUAAAUGUGUCAAUGUUACCACACACAUGCUGCCUCCUCCUGAACCCACGCACAAAAUUGGUGACACAGCAAAUGACAGUUAAGAUUUAGUUUUAAUGUCUUUUCAGUUAUUAUCCGAGGAGUAAUGCUUUAGUUUUUAUCCCUGUAUGUCGAGGUUUGAUGGUGAAUAAUGUCAUUCACAUGAUUAAAUUCCCUUCUCAAUAUCAGCAGGCUGAUUGCUGAAAUGAAUUUGAUUGUAUUACUUAUUAAAAUGAGUCAGUAUGUCACUAA